GCCUUGUGACUACUACUGCUCUGCAGUGCAGUGCAGUGCUGCAAUAGUCCUUUCCGCCGUUGCCACGCCUCGUGCAGCUGGUCUCUCUCUUUUGCUUAACCCUGUUUUUUUUUGUCUAAUCAACUGAGGCCUUCGUAAGUUGGAGAUUGACCGUAAGAUCCCGUUAGAGUUACGGGUUUAGAUUUCACCUUGCUCUUCUUCUUCUUCUUCACCAUUUUAUUGAGCCGCUUCUUUCCUUUCGGUUGUUUCAACCCCUGCUGCACCAGACAGGCCAUGGGCGCCGCCGUCGUCACUUGGUCAGACUUUUUUGCCUAUUGUUUGAGUCAGCUAUCAAUUUAAAAUCUAAAGCGUAAGUGGAUUUAACGUUCGAAAGAAUCGAGGAGUUACCAUUAGUCUAUUUGGAGCAGGUGCUUGGUCAAGAUAUGCCUUCAACAUGGGCCGAGUUGCCACCGGAUAUGGUGGCCCCUGAGAAUGGAAGUUCAGAGGGUGCUUCAUGUGGUCGGUCUGCCAGGCCAUCAUAUGUUCCUCCUCAUUUGCGAAACCGUCCUCAAGCUGCUGCUGCUGUGGAUAGAGUGAUCAAUCCCACGGUUGCGGAGUCAAAAGAUUCUGCCCGAGGGGCGCCGGGAGGGCGACCUGCUUGGGGAAACCCGAAUCCUGUAGCCGCUGCCGCCCCCCAAGCGGACGGCGGAGUUGCAGCAAGGGUCAGCAAUGGAUCUGGUUGGGGCUCUGGUGCAGCAGUGAACCAUGCAGCGAGCUGGGGAAAUUCAAACGGUUCUGGUAGAAGCUAUGGAGGCGUUGGGAGAGGUCAUAGAGGAGGUUGGGAGAGGGAGGCCAACCCUUUUGCCAAUGACGAACAAGUUUCAGAGACGAUCUUUGAGGCAGAAAAUACGGGCAUCAAUUUCGAUGCUUAUGAAGAUAUUCCGGUGGAAACGAGUGGGAACAACGUGCCCCCUCCUGUGAACACUUUCGCAGAAAUUGAUCUUGGCCCAGCACUCAACGAGAACAUUCGGCGAUGCAAGUACACGAAGCCAACGCCGGUGCAGAGGUAUGCGAUUCCGAUUAGUUUGCAUGGUCGGGAUCUAAUGGCUUGCGCACAGACAGGCAGUGGAAAAACUGCCGCAUUCUGCUUUCCGAUUAUUGCAGGAAUAAUGAGGAACACCCCCCCUGGGCGUUCUCGUGGCGGAAGGAAGGCCCUGCCGCUGGCUCUUAUACUUUCACCCACGAGGGAAUUGUCGUGCCAAAUUAGUGACGAAGCCAAAAAGUUUGCGUAUCAGACUGGCAUUAAAGUAGUAGUCUGUUAUGGUGGCGCUCCUGUCCAUAAUCAGCUUAGGGAAAUGGAAAGAGGUGUAGACAUUUUAGUUGCAACCCCCGGACGUUUGAGUGACCUUUUGGAGAGGGCUAGGGUAUCCUUAUCCAUGGUUCGAUAUUUGGCGUUGGAUGAGGCCGACCGGAUGUUGGAUAUGGGUUUCGAACCCCAAAUUCGUAGAAUAGUGGAACAAAUGGAUAUGCCACCGGCUGGUGAACGUCAAACCAUGCUGUUUAGCGCCACCUUUCCUAGAGAAAUUCAGAGACUGGCAUCAGACUUUUUGUCGAACUACAUCUUCCUUGCCGUGGGUAGGGUGGGGUCCAGUACAGAACUGAUAGUGCAACGCGUAGAAUAUGUGCAAGAUUCGGACAAACGUAGCAUGCUGAUGGACUUGAUCCACGCUCAGAGUGCUUUGGCUCCUCCUGGACAGCAGUCUUUAACUUUAGUCUUUGUAGAGACUAAGAAAGGAGCAGAUUCUUUGGAGGACUGGCUGUGUCGCAUGGGUUUCCCUGCUACAACAAUUCACGGCGAUCGGAGCCAACAGGAGCGUGAGCAUGCUUUGAGAUCCUUCCGGACUGGUGUUACACCUAUUCUUGUUGCGACGGAUGUGGCUGCUCGAGGGCUGGAUAUUCCACAUGUUGCUCAUGUUGUGAAUUUCGAUCUGCCCUCUGAUAUCGAUGACUAUGUACAUCGUAUUGGGCGUACAGGUCGUGCUGGGAAGAGUGGUGUAGCCACAGCUUUCUUCAAUGAGAAAGACCAGUCAUUAGCAAGAUCUUUGGCAGAGCUGAUGACCGAGUCCAGUCAGGAAGUACCAGGAUGGCUGACUAACUAUGCCACCAGAGCGAGUUAUGGAGGUGGAGGUAGGAACAGGCGGUCAGGAGGUGGGGGAUCGAAGUUUGGAGGACGUGAUUUCCGUAGAGAUGGUGCCAGGGGUGGUGGUGGAGGCCAUCAUGGCGGGUACGGUGGUGGCGGUGGUGGAUAUGGUGGAGGUGGAUAUGGAGGUGGAAGCAGCGCUUGGGAUUAGAGCUAAUGUCGUAGCGAGUCAAGUAGAUGCUUUUGGUAGCUUCAGACACGCCCUUACGAGAGGUGCACAGUUUUGCUCACAAUUUUCUUAUACCGUUCUUUAGACAUGAUGACCGCCCCUUUUGUUCUGGUAGGUCGUAGAUUGACUGGUCGGCUCUCACUUGGCCGGGUGUAUAUUAUCGCUCAGUAUUUGAGGCAGAGCUGAAGAGUCAUGGAUAGCCGGGGUCUGCAUUUGUCAUUGGGGUCUUCUCCCACUGUUGUCUGCAAAAUGUAGGAGCUACAUAUUCAGAAGUACAUUGGUAUCAAAUUUUACCUUGAAUUCGGAUGGAGAGUUUGUAGGAGAUGUUGAACUGUGGUAAGUGGCCUUCAAGUGCCCAAUUGGUGCUGGUACAGAAUCCUACUGUUGAAUCUACACUUUUGCUGCGCUUUGGUGAUGUGCGAAUAAAGUUUUCUCAAGUUUCGGUCGGAGAUGUUGUAAGCAACCUCUGAUCUUGGAAAUUAA